CGGUGCCCGGCGGGCGGCAGCAUGUCCGCGGGCGGCGCCAGGAAGAGCACCGGGAGGCCCUCCUACUACUACCGGCUGCUGAGGCGGCCCCGGCUGCAGCGACAGAGGAGCCGCUCCCGCAGCCGGACCCGGCCCGCCAGGGAGUCGCCCCAAGAAAGGCCGGGCUCCCGGCGCAGCCUGCCGGGCAGCCUCUCAGAGAAGAGCCCCAGCAUGGAGCCUUCAGCCGCUACGCCGUUCCGGGUCACGGGCUUCCUCAGCCGCCGCCUCAAGGGCUCCAUCAAGCGCACCAAGAGCCAGCCCAAGCUGGACCGCAACCACAGCUUCCGCCACAUCCUGCCGGGGUUCCGGAGCGCCGCCGCCGCCGCCGCCUCCGCCUCCGCCGCGGACAAUGAGAGCUCCCAUCUGAUGCCGAGGCUGAAGGAGUCUCGCUCGCACGAGUCCCUGCUCAGCCCCAGCAGCGCGGUGGAGGCGCUGGACCUCAGCAUGGAGGAGGAGGUGGUCAUCAAGCCGGUGCACAGCAGCAUCCUGGGCCAGGACUACUGCUUCGAGGUGACCACGUCGUCGGGAAGCAAGUGCUUCUCCUGCCGGUCAGCAGCCGAGCGGGAUAAGUGGAUGGAGAACCUGCGGCGAGCGGUGCAUCCCAACAAGGACAACAGCCGGCGCGUGGAGCACAUCCUGAAGCUGUGGGUGAUUGAGGCCAAGGACCUGCCGGCCAAGAAGAAGUACCUGUGCGAGCUGUGCCUGGACGACGUGCUGUACGCACGCACCACGGGCAAGCUCAAGACUGACAACGUCUUUUGGGGUGAGCACUUCGAGUUCCACAACCUGCCGCCCCUGCGCACCGUCACCGUCCACCUGUACCGCGAGACAGACAAGAAGAAGAAGAAGGAGCGCAACAGCUACCUGGGGCUGGUCAGCCUGCCCGCCGCCUCCGUGGCCGGGCGGCAGUUCGUGGAGAAGUGGUACCCGGUGGUGACGCCCAACCCCAAGAGCGGCAAGGGCCCCGGGCCCAUGAUCCGCAUCAAGGCGCGCUACCAGACCAUCACCAUCCUGCCCAUGGAGAUGUACAAGGAGUUUGCCGAGCACAUCACCAACCACUACCUGGGGCUCUGCGCCGCCCUCGAGCCCAUCCUCAGCGCCAAGACCAAGGAGGAGAUGGCAUCGGCCCUGGUGCACAUCCUGCAGAGCACAGGCAAGGUGAAGGACUUCCUGACAGACCUCAUGAUGUCGGAGGUGGACCGCUGUGGAGACAACGAGCACCUCAUCUUCCGGGAGAACACACUGGCCACCAAGGCCAUCGAGGAGUACCUCAAGCUGGUGGGCCAGAAGUACCUGCAGGACGCACUAGGGGAGUUCAUCAAAGCGCUUUAUGAGUCGGAUGAGAACUGUGAAGUGGACCCGAGCAAGUGCUCGGCCGCUGACCUCCCCGAGCACCAGGGCAACCUCAAGAUGUGCUGCGAGCUGGCCUUCUGCAAGAUCAUCAACUCCUACUGCGUCUUCCCGCGGGAGCUGAAGGAGGUGUUCGCCUCGUGGCGGCAAGAGUGCAGCAGCCGCGGCCGGCCGGACAUCAGCGAGCGGCUCAUCAGCGCCUCCCUGUUCCUGCGCUUCCUCUGCCCGGCCAUCAUGUCUCCCUCACUCUUCAACCUGCUGCAGGAGUACCCCGAUGACCGCACCGCCCGCACGCUCACCCUCAUCGCCAAGGUCACCCAGAACCUGGCCAACUUCGCCAAGUUUGGCAGCAAGGAGGAGUACAUGUCGUUCAUGAACCAGUUCCUGGAGCACGAGUGGACCAACAUGCAGCGCUUCCUGCUGGAGAUCUCCAACCCCGAGACCAUCUCCAACACGGCCGGCUUCGAGGGCUACAUCGACCUGGGCCGCGAGCUCUCCAGCUUGCACUCGCUGCUCUGGGAGGCCGUCAGCCAGCUGGAGCAGAGCAUCGUAUCCAAACUGGGGCCUCUGCCUCGAAUCCUGAGGGACGUGCACACAGCACUGAGUGCCCCAGGCAGUGGGCAGCUUGCAGGGACCAACGACUUGGCCUCUACGCCCGGCUCUGGCAGCAGCAGCAUCUCAGCGGGGCUGCAGAAGAUGGUGAUCGAGAACGACGUCUCCGGUCUGAUAGAUUUCACCCGGUUACCGUCUCCAACCCCCGAAAACAAGGACUUGUUUUUUGUCACAAGGUCCUCCGGGGUCCAGCCCUCACCUGCCCGCAGCUCGAGUUACUCGGAAGCCAACGAGCCUGAUCUUCAGAUGGCCAACGGUGGCAAGAGCCUGUCCAUGGUGGACCUCCAGGACGCCCGUGCGCUGGACGGGGAAGCGGGCUCCCCGGCGGGCCCCGACGCCCUCGCCGUCGACGGGCAGGCGCCUGCAGCUCAGCUGGUGGCUGGGUGGCCGGCCCGGGUGGCCCCAGUGAGCCUGGCAGGGCUGGCCACAGUGCGGCGGGCAGGCCAGACACCGACCACAGCGGGCACCUCGGAGGGCGCGCCGGGCCGGCCCCAGCUGUUGGCGCCGCUCUCCUUCCAGAACCCUGUGUACCAGAUGGCGGCCGGCCUGCCGCUGUCUCCCCGUGGCCUUGGCGACUCGGGCUCCGAGGGCCACAGCUCCUUGAGCUCCCACAGCAACAGCGAGGAGCUGGCGGCUGCCGCCAAGCUGGGAAGUUUCAGCAGCACCGCCGAGGAGCUGGGGCGGCGCCCCGGGGAGCUGGCACGGCGUCAGGUGUCGAUGACUGAGAAGGGCGGGCAGCCCCCGGGGCCGCGGCAGAACAGCGCCGGCCCCCAGCGGAGGAUCGACCAGCCACCGCCACCGCCCCCGCCCCCGCCUCCCGCGCCCCGCGGCCGGACGCCACCCACCCUGCUGAGCACCCUGCAGUACCCGCGGCCCUCGAGUGGGACCCUGGCGUCGGCCUCGCCCGACUGGGCUGGCCCCGGAGCCCGGCUGCGGCAACAGUCCUCCUCCUCCAAGGGCGACAGCCCCGAGCUGAAGCCUCGCGCGGUGCACAAGCAGGGCCCUUCACCCGUGAGCCCCAAUGCCCUGGACCGCACGGCCGCCUGGCUCUUGACCAUGAACGCGCAGUUGUUAGAAGACGAGGGCCUGGGCCCAGACCCCCCCCACAGGGAUAGGCUAAGGAGUAAGGAGGAGCUCAGCCAAGCAGAAAAGGGGAAAAAUGUUGGUCCGAAAACAUCCAAACCCCACCCCCAACAUAUGUCUAGUAUUCGGGUGAGCAGUGGGGUGCUUCAGUUCUCCAACAUUCUUUUAGUUAUUGUGGCAGCUGCCCUGGAUCCAUGGCCGAUUCUCAUCUCCUCCUGGAGGCCAAAGCCCAGGUUGACACAGGACCAGUGCAAGGCCCCCCAGAACAGCAGCCACUUCCCCCACUCACCGUGGGUGCCCUCGCCCCUCUUGGCCCCAGGAAAGCCUGUAGCAGCCUCUCAGGCGAGGGCACGGAAGGCAGGGUGUCCGCUCUCCCUCCCUCCCGCCGGCCUGGGGUCAGGUCCACAUCCAUGCUGCAUUCCGCCGCCUCCACCAUCCCCUUGGUCCACUGCAUCCACCU